CACACACAGAGGGAGAGAGAGAGAGAGAGGGAGCUGUAGCCUUCACCACACCAAGUAUCCACCGAAUGUCUGCCUCUCCACGCUGCCAAUGAAUAAUCCUCGCAUUCCUAUGUCUGCCAGUUGACAUACUGAAAAAAACGCCAAGUGCCAGGCUUCCACCUUUGCACGGAUUGAGGAGUCCUACAUCGGGCUCAGCGGUUUUUUUUCUUUCUUGUCAGCAGGAGAGCCUGACAUUUCCUGUGGCAGAUUUACUUACCGGAUCAUGGCACAGACCAACAGUGGUGGGCAGGGGACCAACGGGGUAGCGGAUGAGUCCCCCAACAUGAUAGUGUACAGAAAGAUGGAGGAGGUAAUAGCACGCAUGCAAGAGGAGAAAAAUGGCAUCCCCAUCCGAACGGUGAAAAGUUUUCUAACCAAGAUCCCCAGUGUAUUUUCAGGUUCUGAUAUUGUACAGUGGAUGAUCAAGAACCUGGACAUUGAAGAUCAAGUGGAAGCUCUUCACCUAGGAACGCUGAUGGCGGCACAUGGUUACUUCUUCCCCAUCUCAGACCACGUCCUCACUCUCAAAGAUGACGGUACUUUCUAUAGGUUUCAGACUCCAUACUUUUGGCCAUCAAACUGCUGGGAGCCAGAAAACACAGACUAUGCUGUUUACCUCUGCAAAAGAACAAUGCAAAAUAAAGCACGUCUGGAGCUUGCAGACUAUGAAGCGGAGAGCUUAGCAAGACUACAGAGAGCCUUCGCCAGGAAAUGGGAGUUCAUUUUUAUGCAAGCAGAAGCACAAGCAAAAGUGGACAAGAAAAGAGACAAAAUUGAGAGGAAAAUUCUCGACAGCCAGGAAAGAGCAUUCUGGGAUGUACACAGACCAGUGCCUGGGUGUGUGAACACAACAGAAGUCGACAUAAAGAAGUCAUCCAGAAUGAAAAACCCACACAAAACCAGAAAGUCUGUGUACGGGCUGCAGAAUGACAUCCGCACCCACAGCCCGACCCACACCCCCGCCCCAGAGGCCAAGCAGCCGACAGAAGAAGAACUGCAGGAACAGAUCACCUUUUGGCAAUUGCAAUUAGACCGGCAUCGACUGAAAAUGUCCAAAGUGGCAGAGAGUUUGCUGGGUUACACAGAGCAGUACGUGGAAUACGACCCUUUCCUCACGCCUCCAGAUCCAUCCAAUCCCUGGAUCUCAGACGACACCACGCUCUGGGAGCUUGAAGCCAGUAAGGAGCCGGGGCAGCAGAGGGUAAAGAGGUGGGCCUUUGGCAUCGACGAGGUCCUCAAAGAUCCUGUGGGCAGAGAGCAGUUCCUCAAGUUCCUGGAGUCUGAGUUCAGCUCAGAGAAUCUCAGGUUCUGGCUAGCGGUCCAGGAGCUAAAGAAACGUCCCAUCAGAGAAGUUCCAGCUCGGGUUCAGGAGAUCUGGCAGGAGUUCCUGGCCCCCGGAGCGCCCAGUGCCAUCAACGUCGACUCAAAGAGCUACGCCAAAACCACCCAGAAUGUCAAAGAUCCUGGACGCUACGCCUUUGAAGAUGCACAGGAACACAUCUACAAGUUGAUGAAGAGUGAUUCUUACAGUCGUUUCAUUCGUUCCAGUGCCUACCAGGAAUUAUUACAGGCCAAGAAGAAGAAAAGUAAGAACUUGUUCUGAAGGCUCUUGCUUCCAGGGGAAACCACUAGCAUCCAAGAGGCUGACCAGUCGUUUGUCAUCACGCUAAAAUCCACGCCAUGUCUCUCUUUCUCUCUCUGGGACACAGAGAGAGGGACCAUCCCAUCUCUUCGUCAUCGUCGUCUGUCCAUCUGCUCUUGGCUCAGUUGACCAAUGAGCCCGGGUCAUCUGUUCGUCUGUUGUCCACCGGAUGUUGCAUGUCCAUGGAGAGGGUGUUCCUUCUUUCUCUCUCUCCUCUUACAGUACCUGCUAUAUUUCCAGUAUUCCCAGAAAGGAGGCUUUUGCUGGACUUGUGAGGACACGGACGGACCGAUGAGAUGAAAAAAAAAAUUGUAAUUCAGACAAAAAAGAAAAAAGAA